AAUAAUGUGAAUAUGUGAUGCAACUUCGCUAAUGAAAACAUAAUAAGGAAGGAGAUUUAAUACUACACUGGUCGUUUCAAAUUAAUGGAGUGUGCUGUAUUCCUUGAAACCAUACCAAAUAUAACCAGUAGAGUAUCCCAUAUCUAUCUGUCUAUUCCAUAAAUCUAUGGAUGAGAGUAGUAGGUUGUCCAGAUUCUAAUUAUCUGACAGAAAUUUAUUAAAGAGGUCAUGCAGAAUUAAUAGGCAUAUGACUCGUAUCAAACUUUCACACCCAGAAAAGACUCUUUAGAGAACUAGCGUCUUCAUAUAUACUCUGUUCUUCAUCAAUUUUUUUUUUUUCCAGUAGUUAAUCUCUGUGACGAUUCUGAGUAGUCGAUCCGAGUUACAUGCAAAGCUAUUGUAAUGGCGUUGAGUGAGGUUGAAGCUAAAUUUCGACAUGGCUUGUCUGAAUCUGGAGAGGUGGAUGAUGAUGGCAAACUCAAAAGAACUGGGACAGUAUGGACUGCCUGUGCCCAUAUAAUCACAGCAUCAAUAGGAGCUGGGGUGUUAUCUCUAGCCUGGGCAAUGGCCCAACUAGGAUGGCUUGCAGGCAUUUUCAUUCUCUUGUUCUGCACCUUUGCUGCUGGUUACGCUUCCACUCUCUUAGCAGAUUGUUACAGAUUUCCUGACCCAGUUUCCGGCAAGAGAAACUACUCUUAUAUGGAGGCUGUCAAAGUCUAUCUAGGUGGAACAAUGCACAAGAUUUGCGGAUGGAUGUUAUAUAUAAACCUUGCUACCAUUGGAGUUGGCUUCACUAUAACCACGGCAAAAAGCUUGCUGGCUAUACAGAAGUCUAAUUGUCAUCGCAAGUAUGGUGAAGAUUCAACAUGCAUGUUUUCCAGCAUUCCACACAUGGUUGGAUUUGGGAUUGUCGAAAUUUUCUUAUCACAACUCCAAAACUUUCACAAAUUGACUUGGCUCUCUAAGCUUGCAGCCACUAUGUCUUUUGUGUAUGCAACUAUUGGAAUUGGACUUUCUCUUGCUAAGAUCAUAUCAGGGCAUGGAGGAACAACUUCUCUUGCAGGGGUAGAGCAGUCUUCAUCGGAAAAAAUUUGGAUGACAUUUAUAGCAGCCGGAGAUAUUGCAUUUGCUUGCUCGUAUGCUCUUGUCCUGUUUGAUAUCCAAGACACACUGAAGUCAUCGCCACCAGAGAACAAAGUGAUGAAGAGGGCUGUUGUGAUAGGGGGUUUGACUAUGGCAUUAUUGUUCACGAUGUGUGGCAGCUUCGGUUAUGCUGCGUUCGGCAACAAGACACCCGAAAACCUGCUUGCUGGUUUUGGAGAUGAGAUGCCCUGGGCAUUCUGGCUCCUAGAUUUGGCUAAUUUUUGUAUUGUGGUGCACAUAGUUGGUGCGUUUCAGGUACUGUGCCAACCAGUGUUUCGCAUUGUCGAACUGUUGGCUAGAAGCAGGUGGCCAAAGUCCAAUUUCUUUACCAAAGAGAACCCAGUCAAACUAGGAAACAUGAAGUUCAAUUUGAACAUAUUUAGGCUGACAUGGAGAACAUUCUAUGUGGUGGUGGUGACUGUCAUUGCCAUGGCAAUGCCAUUCUUCACAAACAUGCUUGCGCUUCUCGGAGCCAUCGGGUACUGGCCUCUUAUAGUUUAUGUCCCAAUAGAGCUGCACAUUGCGCAAAACAAGAUUCAGAAACCAACCCUCCGCUGGUUCGGGCUUCAACUUCUGAGCUUUUUGUGCUUGCUCAUUUCCUUGGCUGCGGCAUCUGGUUCCAUUUACGGUCUGCGUAAGGGUCUCAGUGCCUACAAGCUCUUCCAAGUCAAAGAGUGAUCGAUCGGAAAGUUAGUAGUAUACUAUAUAUGUUCUUUUUUCUUUUUUGAUUGAAAUUAGUACUGUGUUUAUACAAAAAUAUUAUCUUGCCAAAUAAUAAUCUGACAAUCAUUCUGAAUC